AUGCUGCGUAACAUUCUGUUUCUAUUUCUCUGUCUCUCUCUCUCUCUCUCUCCCUCUGCCCAGACUGAACCCAGGAUCCAGCUCCGCUUGGCAGGCAACAAGCGCAAACACUACGAGGGCCGUGUGGAGGUCUAUUACAACGGAGAGUGGGGCACGGUCUGCGACGAUGACUUCUCCAUCAACGCGGCCCACGUGGUGUGCAGGGAGCUGGGCUACGUGGAAGCUGUGUCCUGGUCCCAUUCAUCCAAGUACGGCGGAGGAGAAGGUCGUAUUUGGCUAGAUAACGUCCACUGCACAGGACGGGAGAGGUCUCUCGCCGACUGCCCCUCCAACGGUUUCGGGGUGUCGGACUGCAGACACACAGAGGACGUGGGGGUGUUAUGCAGCCAGAAACGCAUCCCCGGCUUUAAGUUCAUCAGCACCGUCAACAAUGACGUGGAGAGUGUGAACGUACGAGUGGAAGACGUCCGAAUCCGGGCCAUAUCGUCCCACCGCAAGCGUAUCCCUAUCAGCGAGGGUUUCGUGGAGGUGAAGGACGGGGGCAAGUGGAGGCAGAUCUGUGACGAGGACUGGACGGAAAUGAACAGCCGGGUCGUCUGUGGAAUGUACGGCUUCCCCGGAGAGAAGGGAUUCAAAACCAAAAUUUACAAGAUGCUGUCCAUGCGCAGGAAGAAGAACUACUGGGGCUUCUCCGUGAACUGCACGGGGAACGAGGCUCACCUGUCCAACUGCAGACUGGGCAGAGCCAUCGAGCUGAAGGGAAACGGUACCUGUGCUGGGGGAAUGCCGGCGGUCGUCAGCUGCGUUCCCGGACGGGCCUUCGCCCCCUCGCACUCUGCCGGCUUCUUGAAGGCCUACAGACAGGAGCAACCUCUGGUGCGUCUUAGGGGAGGAGCAAACGUCGGCGAAGGGCGAGUGGAGGUGCUGAAGAAUGGGGAGUGGGGCACUGUGUGUGACGAUAACUGGAACCUGAAGGCGGCCACGGUGGUGUGUCGUGAGCUGGGUUUUGGCAGCGCCAAAGAGGCCCUGACUGGGGCUAGACUGGGACAAGGCAUGGGUCCCGUCCAUAUGAAUGAAGUGGAAUGUUCUGGGUUUGAGAAGUCCCUCACCGAAUGUUUCUUUAACAAAGACGCUCUGGGCUGCAGCCACGAGGAGGACGCAGCUGUGAAAUGUAACGUACCUGCCAUGGGCUUCCAGAGCAGGUUGCGUCUGAGUGGAGGCCGGAACCCGUCUGAGGGCCGCGUGGAAGUUCUGGCAGAAAAGAACGGUUCUCUUGUGUGGGGAACUGUGUGCAGUGAGAACUGGGGUAUUGUGGAAGCUAUGGUGGUGUGUAAACAGCUGGGUCUUGGUUACGCCAGUCAUGCCUUUCAGGAGACAUGGUACUGGCCGGGGGACGUCAGUGCAGAUGAUGUGGUGAUGAGUGGGGUCCGGUGUUCGGGCACAGAGAUGACUUUGGCUCAGUGUCUGCACCACGGGAAACAUCUCAGCUGUCCCAAGGGAGGGGGCCGAUUCGCUGCUGGGGUGUCCUGUUCAGAGACGGCUCCCGACCUGGUGCUGAACGCUCAGUUGGUGGAGCAGACCACAUACCUGGAGGACAGGCCCAUGUAUGCGCUGCAGUGUGCCCAUGAGGAGAGCUGUCUCUCCAGCACGGCCAACAGCGCAGAUCACUCAUCCUACCGCCGCCUGCUCCGCUUCUCCUCACAAAUCCACAACAACGGCCUGUCUGACUUCAGACCCAAAGCCUCACCCCACGCCUGGAUCUGGCACGAGUGUCACAGGCAUUAUCACAGUAUGGAAGUCUUCACACACUACGACCUGAUGACUCUGAACGGGACCAAGGUGGCUGAAGGACACAAGGCGAGUUUCUGUCUGGAGGACACAGAGUGUGAUGAGGGGGUCCGGAAGAGAUUUGUGUGUGCUAACUUUGGAGAGCAGGGAAUCAGCGUGGGCUGCUGGGACACGUACAGACAUGACAUCGACUGUCAGUGGAUCGACGUGACAGACGUCAAACCGGGAGACUACGUGUUGCAGAUUGUCAUCAACCCGAACUACGAAGUGGCCGAGUCUGAUUACACCAAUAACGUCAUGAAGUGUAACUGCCGCUAUGACGGUUACCGGAUAUGGACGUAUAACUGUCACACAGGAGGCUCACGGAGCUCUGACACUGAGGAUGCCUUCCCUGGGUUAAGGACUAACCAGCUGUAUCACAGAUAGAGAGCCUAAGGACUCUGGCUUUGGAGUGCUGUACGUGACCAGUGAGACUGUUAUAAGAUGACCGACCACUAGAGGGAGCCAGAGAGCUCCUGCCAUAGGCAUUGCUGCCUGACAAUAGAUGCUUUUCCACUCAGGUUCAGGAACU